UGCAACAACAGGAAAUUAUUUCCAGCAGUGCCAUUUUUCAGGCUGCAUGAAUCUGUUAUCCCUCGCGCUCUUAAAAAGAGACUAUUCGAAUAUGAAUGUAAUCAGCGUAGCACAUAUGCCACUACUCAAUAGUCAUUAACUAGCUCGUUCCUCUAUUUUCUCGAGAAGAAACGAUUAAGUACAGUUACCUAAGCACCUAGAGGGGGACAUAUUUCUGAUCUUUUGAUCGAUUCUGGAAAGUGCAACUUCAGUUUGAUGAAAAAUGCAACUUGCACUAUUCAAAAAUAAACCUUCCACCACACAACACAAGCAUGGAAGAGUAUAAGCUGAGCUCCUUGACUUGUCACAAUCCCAUUCCUUAAGGAUCAAAGUCUUGGAUUCAGAAGAUUCAACGGAUGAGGAAUUUACCAACGUCAUUCUUCAUGGGUUUGGCACAGGAACUUUCCUCGAACUUGCCGAGCCAUCGCUUCAAAGUACAGGUGUCAUCCACUUUAUACAUAGAACGGUAGAUUCUUCCAGAAGAAAAAGAUGGUCGAAACAGACAGUUGACAUUAUAGCUCUGAGCUGACCAAUCUGAAAUGUCAUUUGACUUGGUUAGAAUAACGCCAAUUAUUGUUCCUGCCCCGGUGCAAUGAACAUAACCAUUGAUAUAAGAGACUGCAUUGGCCCUACACCACCCUGUUCCCGUAGAAACAGCUCAAGAGAUGGACGGCGCGGCAAGGGCCACCUUGUUGGUGUUGUUCUUGCCGUUCCUCAGUCUCAGUGUUGCUCAAAAUGUUACCCAGAGUAGAGCGGGUAUACUCGAUGUCGGAGUGAUCCUCCAUCUGAAGUCUUUGGUGGGCAAAAUAGCACGUACCAGCAUAUUGAUGGCUAUGGAAGAUUUCUAUGCAGUCCACAGGAAUUAUACGACAAAGCUAGUUCUCCACAUCAGGGAUUCCAACGGAGACAAUAUGCGAGCUGCAUCACAAGCUGUUGACCUGCUGGAAAAUUACUAUGUACGGGCCAUAAUUGGUCCACAAAAAUCUUCAGAGGCAACUUUUGUGUCUGAUAUUGGGAACAACAGUCAGGUCCCAGUUAUCUCCUUCACAGCAACGAAUCCCACCCUUUCAUCUGCUGAGGUGCCAUAUUUUUUACGUGCAAAUGUAAGUGAUGCUGCUCAAGUGAAUAGCCUUGCUGCUCUCAUUAAGGCAUAUGGCUGGAAGGAAGUAGUGCCCAUCUAUGAGGACACAGACUAUGGCAGGGGCAUCAUACCCUACCUGGUUGAUGCCCUCCAAGAGUUUGGAGCUUCUAUGCCAUACCGCAGUGCAAUCUCUCGAUCAGCAAACAGUGACCAAGUUGAGAAAGAACUAUACAAGCUAAUGACAAUGCCAACAAGGGUCUACAUUGUGCACAUGUCAUUGGCCUUUGGCUCCAUUCUCUUCACAAAGGCCAAAGAGUUAGGAAUGAUGAGUGGAGCCUAUGCGUGGAUUUUGACAGAUGGGAUUGCAAAUGUUGUCGACUCGCUAAGCCCUUCGGUUCUUGACGCAAUGGAUGGUGCAUUGGGUGUGAGAUUCCAUGUGCCUAAAUCAAAGGAACUUGGUGAUUUUACUAAGAGAUGGAAUGCGAGGUACAGGCAAGACAACCUGGAUGACCCACCAUUGCCACUAAGCAUUUUUGGGCUCUGGGGUUAUGACACUAUUUGGGCCUUGGCACAAGCAGCAGAAAAGGUAAGCAUGUACAAUGCAACAUUUCAGAAGCAGCAAGACAUAAAAAACUCAACGUGUCUUGGAACUUUGGGUAUUUCUACAAUUGGUCACAAACUUCUAGAUGCAAUCCUACAGCGUAAGUUCAGAGGCUUAAGUGGUGAUUUUCACCUGAGGAGCAGGCAGCUUCAAUCUUCCAUAUUCCAGAUAAUUAAUGUGGUUACAAGAGAGCCGAAAGGAAUAGGUUUCUGGACGGCAAAGCAUGGAAUAAUACAGAAUUUGAUUCAAAAUGGAUCAGAACACACAUACCUAAAUUCUGGGCCGAAUCUGACUCAAGUGGUUUGGCCAGGAGAAGUAUCUGCCGUGCCUAAAGGGUGGCAAAUUCCUACCAAUGGAAAGAAGCUCCAAGUAGGUGUACUGACAAGUGGGUAUCCUGAGCUUAUAAAGGUUGAAAGGGAUCCGCUAACCAAUGCAAUAACUGCCACUGGGUAUGCAAUUGACGUAUUUGAAGAGGUGUUAAAGCGACUCCCAUAUGCAAUCCCUUAUGAAUAUGUAGCAUUUGAUCAAGGAGUAAGCAAUGGGAGCUAUAAUGAUUUUGUCUACCAAGUUAAUCUUGGGGUGUACCAAGUUGCAGUCGCGGAUAUAACUAUCAGGUACAACAGAACUUCCUAUGCUGAUUUCACAUUACCUUAUACUGAAUCUGGGAUAGCAAUGAUUGUGCCAGUAAAGGAUGGAACGACAAAGGAUACAUGGAUUUUCUUGAAGCCAUUAACUACUGACUUGUGGUUUGGAAGCAUUGUAUUCUUCAUAUUCACAGGGGCUGUGAUCUGGCUAUUGGAGUGACGAAUCGAUAACACUGAACUGACUGGCUCCAUUUCCCGCCAGCUUGGGAUAGCAAUAUAUUUCCCCUUCUUUGCUGAUAGGGAGAGGGUGGAAAGUAUUUUGUCUAGAUUGGUCAUCAUUGUAUGGGUUUUGGUUCUCCUCGUUAUUACAUCAAGUUAUACAGCGAAUUUAUCAUCAAUGCUUACCGUGCAGCAGCUUCAACCCACAGUAACUGAUGUCCAUGAACUCCUUGCGAAAGGAGAACAUGUAGGCUACACAAAUGGCUCUUACUUAGGGGACCUAUUAGAACAAAUUGGUUUUGACAGAAGAAAGAUCAAGCCAUACAGUAAUCCGGAUGAUUUUGAUGAUGCACUCUAUAAAGGGAGCAAAAAUGGUGGUAUUGCUGCUGUGAUAGAAGAAGUCCCAUACAUCAAAAUAUUCCUCUCUAAGUAUUGCAAAGGUUAUACAAUGAUCGGACCAAUUUACAAAUCUGAAGGUUUUGGCUUUGCAUUCCCCAAGCGUUCCCCUCUGGUCGAGGACUUCUCAAGGGCAAUCCUCAGCAUAACAGAGGGAGAUACUAUCAUUCAGAUAGAAAGGAAAUGGAUAGGAGACCAACAUGCCUGUCAGAAUGACGGCCCCACCAUCGGCUCAAGCAGUCUAAACUUCAAAAACUUUUCAGGACUCUUUCUGCUCACAGGAGUUGCUUCAACUUCUGCCCUUUUGAUAGCCCUCAUGAUGUUUCUCUACAAGAGGUACAAGAUAAGGAACGGCACAGGUCAGAUUGAGACGACUGCAGAUUCUAACCCGUCCCACGAUAUGCAGUUAACUGUACCUGAUGAUUCAGAUAGCCACGCCUGCCAACAAGAGAUAGAUAUAUCCAGAGAACUCACAAGCCCGUGUUCAGAAGUCCAAACAACUCCGGAUUUUAUGCCUCAUGGAACACCAGCCAAUGGUUUGUAGCGCCAUGUUAAGUCAGCCUUAUUCAGGUUCUCAGUCUCCAGAGUAAACCUGGUCAGCUUUUGUUCUCAUGUGUGCAUUUGCCUGUGUAGUAUGUAUGAAUGCUGACAGUCAUGCCUGCUAACUGCAUGCCAGUGCAACUGCAAUGCAACUGUAAGCUUAUUAUGUAAUGUAUUCUAAUUUUUCUCAGGUUCCAAGUGUAAAUCAAAAAUCUAUCAGUGUAAGACUGUAAUCCAAGGAGUAUCAGGGUAGCCUGAACUACAAUUUGGCACCUGUGCAUUGUGUCUGUGCCCCUUAUCGAGGUCUUCCGAGAGCAUCGCCCCCUUUCUUCCAGUUUCAACCAUGACCACUGCACAGCUUCCUCUCAACCUGAACCAAUGCUCAGGUUCCAAUGCUCGCAUUUCAUCAGACACCCUAGAGUGGGGCAGGCACAAUGUGUAUCCACCGUAUCUGGAGGCGGAAGCAGAUUUUUUCUAGACUAGAUAAUUGCCCGUGUGUUGCAAUGCGCAUAAAUAUUCUAGUAUGUUAGCCAGUGAUUUAUCUUCCCAUAUUAAUGUGAUUGUAUAAAUAAAGGUGCACCGUGCACCGUGCAAGUGAUUUACCAACCUAAAUAAAUUUUAGGAUUAUACUUGGUAAAAACUUAUUGACUUGUCAAAUGGAACAUAUUUUUAUUUGGUAAGUCAAUAAAAGGCGGGGCAGUUAAGAUGGUUUUCAAGGAAAACCGGUGAAAAAAACAAAGAUAUAGGAAGGGAAAAUUCAAAACGCAGAGAAAGGGGAACAUACAGGUUGGACGAAGGACAAGGUGGACGACGGAUCUCUGCGUUCUUUUUGAGUAGGAGAGAAAUAGGGGCAACUCCAACGUCAGUCCCAACUGACAGAGUUAAGGAGGCAGCCAUCCAAUGCUAGUCAUCAAAAAAUUUCUCACUGGUCCGCCUCUCUUUUCUCAGACAUUUCAUCGAACAUGCUGUGUUCACUCCCGGCAAUGGCACACACUGCACUCACACGCCGGCGGCCGAGCUCGCUGGAGAGGCCGGGCCGUCGCACACACGCACUGCACACACACACACGACGCAAGGUGCACACACGCGCGCAUGUCACGCGCCCAGCCGGCAAGCACGCGCUGACUGGCACGCACGCACGCGCCUCUGCGAGGAGACCGCGCUCCUGGAGCUCGAUGGCGGAUGCCGGACGGAGCGCACCGUCGGAGAAGGACGACGACCCGCUGGGCGCGAAGCAUCGUGGUGGCCGCUCCUCCUCGGCCGCCAUGCCGCGCGGACGGACGCGCGCGCCACGCAGCAGAUCAUGGCCACGGACCACGGACAGGCGCGUAUGUAACUGCAGCCUCGUCGGUUCAGUUGCAUUUGCAUCGUCAGACCAGUGCAUGCACCACCAGAUUAGUUAGUCCGUACUCGGAGCGAACGACGACGCCCACCAUGCACUCCGCCGACGAGCCCAUGUCCACUCCGGCCGCGAGGAGUAGCACCACGGCAGCAAGGGAGGCACCACGGAAGGUCGCAGCGGAGGACGGCGGCAAGAGCACGGUGUCGCCGUCAAUUGAGCAUGAGCAGCAGAUGACCCGGUCUCGCUGCGGCACCUGGGCAUGGUGGCUGACCCGGACUCCGAGCCUUCCGUGCUCACGGAGGUGGGCGCG